CGGCGGUGAUGGCUGUGGACUCUCUGCUGGUUCCUGUGAAGUCGAAACGGGCUCUGUGGACGGACAGCAGGAGGCGAGAAACCCCGCCGCGGUCCCUCUCCGCCUCCACAUUUAGAAAAUAAAAACGGUUUGCUUCUGCGGAUGAGCAGACUGAAUCCUGAAAACCCAGAAAACUGCUAAACAACUCAUCAGCGCUCCUGAAUACUGCAGACUGGCCCCGGUCAGGUUUGUGUUGUAGCUGUGUGGCCGGGCAGCCUGGCUGCCUCCCCGCCUCCAGAUGAAUGAAGAACACUCCAGGACCCAGAGACACAGCUGAUGCAGGGCAUGCAGGUGUUUCUGCAAAUAUGAUGAAGAAAAAGAAUCCCCAUAAGAAACACAAGAGCAGUUUAGGUCCGACCACCAAAGUCCUGUCGCAGCCGCGACGCAACAUCGUCGGCUGCAGGAUCCAACACGUCUGGAAGGAAGGAGGAGGACAUGUGGUCUGGAAAGGAACAGUCCUGGACCAGGUGCCAGUGAACCCGUCUCUCUAUCUGAUAAAGUACGAUGGUUUCGACUGCGUUUACGGUCUGGAGCUCCAUAAAGACGAGAGGGUUCAGGGACUGGAGGUGCUCCCUGACAGACUGGCUAAAUCCCGUCUAACGGACGUCAACCUGGCGGACACCAUGAUCGGUAAAGCGGUGGAGCACAUGUUUGAGACGGAGGAGGGUCCGAAAGAGGAGUGGAGGGGGAUGGUUCUGGCUCGGGCUCCCAUCAUGACCACCUGGUUCUACAUAACCUACGAGAAAGACCCGGUCCUCUACAUGUACCAGCUGCUGGACGACUACAAAGAGGGAGACCUCCGCAUCAUGCCCGACUCGAAUGACAGCGUCCCGACGGAGAGGGAACCCGGCGAGGUGGUGGACAGUCUGGUGGGUAAACAGGUGGAGUACGCCAAAGAAGACGGCGGUAAACGAACAGGCAUGGUCAUCCACCAGGUGGAGGCCAAGCCCUCCGUCUACUUCAUCAAGUUUGACGACGACUUCCUCAUUUACGUCUACGACCUGGUCAAAACUUCGUAAGACUUUGCGGACGUCUCGAGCCCCUCCCGGAAACAAAAUGCAGCACAUGUUGAAGCAUCCGAUCCAGCGCUUUUUCUCAGACCAUCAAAGACAAAAAUAAAGACUAAAAAAAAUAUUUACACAUCGGAAAAAGACAGGAUAGAUACUUACGGAGAAUUGGGAACGAAGAUGGAAAGUUUGAUGACAUGGAAGACGCUCGUCUGUGACCUUCUUAUACCCUUAAAAUAUGAAAAAAGGGCAUUACUGUCAGGUCCAAAACUUUUAAACACUCUUUAACACCCCUAAAAAAGCAGAGGCGUCCAAAAAAAUUCAGUUUUACUACAGAAAAAUGAUCAAAAGACUUUUUAGAAUCUGUUGUUCUAUACAAAAACAAUCCUUUCCCAAGACCUAAAGACACUAAAAUUCAUUUUCAGUGUCCAACAUUGUCCAGAAAAUCUCGGCCUCGGUAAUACGGCUAAUCCGAGAUUACCUCCUGGGGAACAAUUUACCGAAAAAUUUGAUAGUAGCCAACUCUUUUGUGCUCAAAAACAAGGAAGAAGAUGCGGAAAUGUGGUCAGUGUGUCUGAAAUGUGGUCGGCAGCGUUAAAACGUGACAGAACUGAAAGUCGGCGGUGAUUUUUGGUCGUGUUUCCGACAUCAGCGAACACAUCUGGCCACAGAAAAAUGAGCAGCGAAGAAGUAGCGUUCGGCGGUGGUUGGUUGAAAGAGCUUCAAAGAGGAAAGACUAAAAGAAGGAGGAUUUUUGGACUGCUUAGUGUCGUCGAUGAGUUCUGAAAUCUUCGUCGUCUGUGUCACGCAGCAAGGACAAACUGUAUGGAAGACCAAUUCUGCCAAGAAAAGAAAAACACAUGGAAAGUUAGAAAUAGGGCUGAGAAUCACCACUGAUUUUACCAACUCAAUAACGAUUCGAUUACAUAUUUUUCAGUUUGGUUUGUUUCAGAUCAGACAUUGUUGCACAUUGCCUACCUGUUUUUUUUUUUUCUUUUUUGAAGAUUUGUGGUACUUCCACAAUAUUUCACUCCAAUUUUGCACAUCUUACAUAUGGAUAUUGUCCCGCUCUUCUUUGUCGUUGCAGUUUUUAAAUCCCAAAUUCAACCAGACAUUUUCCUUCGGCUCAGUGGCGCCUUCAGUGGAGCAGCUCCCGACAUGUUUUGAUUCAACUGAGAGUCGCUCACGUGGUUAAAAUUUGUUGCGCGAGAGGAUGAUCAUGCAUCCACAGGGAAAGGCAUAUAUUAAAGGAUUCAUUUUGGGAGUUUAUGAAUCGAUAUAGGAUCGUUCACAUGAAAAACAAAAAUAAUGAGAUACAGAGUCAAAAUUCAAAUUUUCUCAA